AUGUGGUUCAGCUUGUUGGUGAUACUAUGCCUUCACGGUGUCAAAGCAGUAGACCUCAUCACCUGUGAGGGACUAACUGUCAAUCUCACCUGUGCACAGGGAACCAUUAAGGUGCUUUCUGCCAAUUAUGGGCGAACAGACCGAACAACCUGCUCUACUGGAAGACCAGCUCACCAGCUCUCAAAUGUUCAGUGCACUCAGAGCACAUCCCUAAGUGUGCUGACCACACAAUGUGAUGGAAAGCAGAAUUGUUCCAUUGUUGUGCGGAAUACAGUUUUCACUGAUCCUUGUCCUGGAACUUACAAAUAUCUGAAUGUGUCUUACGAGUGCAUCUUACCACCACCACCACCACCACCACCACCAAGUGCAAAUAAUCUGGUUACCUGUGAAUCAGACACUGCCCGCCUCAGCUGUGCAAAUGGAAGCAUUAAGGUGCUUUCUGCCAAUUAUGGGCGAACCGACCGAACAACCUGCUCUACUGGAAGACCAGCUCACCAGCUCUCAAAUGUUCAGUGCACUCAGAACACAUCCCUAAGUGUGGUGAUCACUCGAUGUGAUGGAAAACAGGAUUGUUCCAUUCCCGCGACUAACAACGUUUUUGGUGAUCCAUGUGUUGGGACUUACAAAUAUCUGAAUGUGUCCUACACCUGUUCCCAAGGAAAAACAGUUAUAAUCUGUCAAGAUAAAAGCAGUGCCAUUAGCUGUGAGGGACGUCGCAGACUUCACAUUCACUUUGCUAACUAUGGGAGGAGAGAUAAGGUGACCUGCCCAUGCCGGGAUCCUAAAGCCAUGUCCACCAUGUGCAUCUCCUCUGAGACCAGGAACCUGCAAAACAAGUGUAAUGGAAAGAAACAUUGUCAACUACAUGCUUCAAAUUCUAAUUUCAAUGAUCGGUGCCCUCGCAUCCAUAAAUAUUUGGAGGUGUCUUACAGUUGUGAAUAACGAUGAUAAACCUGGCAAUGUACAGAUCUUCACAUCUCAAUUGCAGUGACCUCUUAUUGAAUGGAAAGAAUCUUCUGUUUUAUUAUUUCCAUCUGUUUUCUUCAUUAGAUUUAAUAAUUAAAUAAAACUAAGUAAUAUCUGAAUAUUAUAAAAAAUGUCCUUUUGAUUUUUAUUACAAGAGUGAUUAGUCUCAUGUUAGUUCCUUUUUUGGUCUCUUUUUGGGGGGUCUGAUUUGUGUUCUGUCCUAAUAUAAUCAGUUAUGUCUGUUCAAAUAAAUUGCUUUUAAAUGCAAACACUUUA